GGGGCGCCGGGGCCGGCCGGGCGGGCCCGCAGGGGUUAAGCGUGGAGCGGCCGCCCCGGGAGCUCCGCCCCCGCCCGCCGCACCUGGCGCUCGGCAGCCCGGCCGCCCCGGCGCUGGCUCGCGGAGGGGAUUGGUGGAGCGCGCGACGGAGAGAAUGUGACAAGUGCCCGCUUCGGCGGCCGCCCGGGGAGGCCGCGCGCACCUGUCCCUGCCUGUCUCGCGCCGCCCGCGGCCGCUCGGACGCGCGCACAGCCCCCCGCCGCCGCCGCCGCCGCCGCUGCGUGCGCUGAGAACAUGACUUCUGCCUUCAAGCUGGAUUUCCUCCCGGACAUGAUGGUCGAGAGCCGCCUGCUCGUUGCUGACAGAAUACUUUUGGAUCUUGUUUCUUCUCAACCACAUUCUUUAUUUGGAUCGAAUCACUAUUUACCAAGUAACGGCACAGCCAACAAGAUGAACGGAGCUUUGGAUCAUUCAGACCAACCAGACCCAGAUGCCAUUAAGAUGUUUGUCGGACAGAUCCCUAGAUCCUGGUCAGAAAAGGAGCUGAAAGAACUUUUUGAGCCUUAUGGAGCUGUCUACCAGAUCAACGUCCUCCGGGACCGGAGUCAGAACCCUCCCCAGAGUAAAGGUUGUUGUUUCGUAACAUUUUAUACAAGAAAAGCUGCACUUGAGGCCCAGAAUGCACUGCACAAUAUUAAAACUUUACCUGGGAUGCAUCAUCCCAUUCAGAUGAAACCUGCAGAUAGUGAAAAGUCAAACGCUGUGGAAGACCGAAAAUUGUUCAUAGGAAUGGUUUCGAAGAAAUGUAAUGAGAAUGAUAUCAGAGUGAUGUUUUCUCCAUUUGGUCAGAUAGAAGAAUGCCGGAUUCUCCGGGGACCCGACGGGCUGAGUCGAGGCUGUGCGUUUGUCACAUUUUCUACAAGGGCAAUGGCACAGAAUGCAAUCAAAGCCAUGCAUCAGUCUCAGACCAUGGAGGGUUGUUCUUCACCUAUCGUGGUGAAGUUUGCUGACACUCAGAAGGACAAAGAACAAAGGCGCCUCCAGCAGCAGCUUGCACAGCAAAUGCAACAGCUCAACACUGCCACCUGGGGGAACCUGACAGGGCUGGGCGGACUCACCCCACAGUACCUGGCGCUUCUGCAGCAGGCCACCUCCUCUAGCAACCUGGGUGCAUUCAGUGGAAUUCAGCAAAUGGCUGGCAUGAAUGCUUUACAAUUACAGAAUCUGGCAACACUGGCUGCUGCUGCAGCUGCUGCCCAAACCUCAGCCACCAGCACCAAUGCAAACCCUCUCUCUACCACAAGCAGUGCCCUGGGAGCCCUCACAAGUCCUGUGGCUGCUUCAACCCCCAAUUCUACUGCUGGUGCAGCCAUGAAUUCCUUGACCUCUCUUGGGACCCUGCAAGGAUUGGCUGGAGCCACUGUUGGAUUGAAUAAUAUUAAUGCACUAGCAGUUGCUCAAAUGCUCUCAGGUAUGGCGGCUCUGAAUGGAGGACUUGGCGCCACAGGCUUGACGAAUGGCACAGCUGGCACUAUGGACGCCCUCACCCAGGCCUACUCAGGAAUUCAGCAGUAUGCGGCAGCUGCACUGCCCACUUUGUACAGCCAGAGCUUACUGCAACAGCAGAGUGCUGCAGGCAGCCAGAAGGAAGGUCCAGAGGGGGCAAACCUCUUUAUUUACCACCUUCCACAGGAGUUUGGAGACCAGGACAUUCUGCAGAUGUUCAUGCCCUUUGGAAAUGUUAUCUCUGCUAAAGUCUUCAUUGACAAACAGACCAAUCUGAGCAAGUGCUUUGGUUUUGUUAGCUAUGACAAUCCAGUCUCUGCCCAAGCUGCAAUCCAGGCUAUGAACGGCUUUCAGAUCGGCAUGAAACGUUUGAAGGUGCAGCUGAAGCGCUCCAAAAACGACAGCAAACCUUACUGAUCCUAACCCCAGAAGCUCCCUGCUCUUAUUUUAGCUUUCUUAGGGUAAGUCCCACAAGCCAGCCUGUUCUCAACAGGGAAGGCAGAGGAGGGACCACAAUGCCAACUUUUACCAAGAGAGACGGUUAUUUUUACAAUAAGGCCUCCAUUACUUCCACUCAUGCCCCACCCAAUUUGCCAUAAUUAAAACUUGGGCUACCUUGUUUCUGUUGAGUCAAUUCCUCCUCUAAUUGUGCCACUGUAUUCUCCUUUAUUUUGCAAUUUGAAUAUCCUUACUCCUUUUUAAAACUUUUUGGUUUGCUUUUUAAAACAAAAACAUAUAAACACAUAAAUGACAUCUUGAGAUUUUAAAAGGCAAGCAAACACUAAUGUGCAAUUCUAACUCUGAAACCACUGGUGCCCCAAGAGCACUGCCUGGAGAACUCACCCGUCCUUGCCCACCUGCCCGCCCGCCUCUCAGAGGGCCCGCGUUUAUAGUUAACGUGGCAGCCUAGCAGAGGGAGAAGCCAGGAGAAGCUUAAAACACCACAGAACACCCACCCAACCACUACAUUGGUUUGUUUUAAUAUAAGUAGGAUUUUAUUUUAGGGUUCAAAGAAACAUGACAUUUAUUGGUCAGAUUAUUACACUGGUUGUCUAUUUUGUUAUUGUUUUAUUUUUGUUUUUAGAAAGGAUUAAUGUAAAAAAAGAUUUAGAGAUCUGUUUCUUAAAGCUACAGGGUUUAAAAAUAAAAUAAAAUGAGUGAAAAUA